UCGACUCUUCCAGCGUCCUCCUCAUCCCCUCCCGUCCCCACUCCCUGCUGCCAAGGACCGCGGGCUCGGAACGCAGCCCCGGAGCCCGCCCGCUGCCUCCCCGCCGGCCGGUGCCCGCCCAGGCGGAGGUCCGGUGAGGGUCUCGCCCGGCCCCGGCACCCCGACCACCAUGGCCCAGAAGCCGAAGGUCGACCCCCACGUCGGGCGGCUGGGGUACCUGCAGGCGCUGGUCACGGAAUUCCAGGAGACGCAGAGCCAAGACGCCAAGGAGCAGGUCCUCGCCAACCUCGCCAACUUCGCCUAUGACCCCAACAACUACCAGUACCUGCGGCAACUGCAAGUCCUGGAUCUAUUCCUCGACUCGCUGUCCGAGGAGAAUGAAACGCUAGUGGAGUUUGCAAUUGGAGGCCUCUGCAACCUGUGCGCGGACAGGGCCAACAAGGAGUACAUCCUGCAGGCGGGGGGCGUCCCACUCAUCACCAACUGCCUGUCCAGCCCCAAUGAGGAGACCGUGCUGUCCGCCGUGACCACGCUCAUGUACCUGAGCUCGCCGGGCCCCGGCUCUCACCCCGAGCUCACCUCCGUGCCCGUCAUCCAGUGCAUGCUGCGCUUCUCUCUCUCGGCCAGCAAGAGACUCCAGAACCUGGCCCAGAUCUUCCUGCAGGACUUCUGUUCCCCAAGCCAGGUGGCUGAAGCCCGCGGUUGUCAAGCCCACUCUGCCCUGGGCAUCCCACUGCCAAGGAGUGAAGCCCCUCCGCAGCCCUGAUCCACCGAGACCCCCGCGGCCCCGCUACUACCCGAGGCCACCCUCUUGGAGGGCUCAGGCUCACAGCUGAGGACGCCCCUGCCGCAGAAGUGGUACCGUCUUCAAAGGGAGGUUUUUCAGCACCGGCCUCACACAGAUGAAGAAGCCGGACUGAGAUGCCUACAUGGAGAAGGGACGCAAAGCUGGUGCCACUCAUAGCAGGGGCUGGCACGCAACACAUUGGAAAUGAAGGACCUGUCUCUGGCGCCCCCACUGCCAGGCUCACACCCCCACGUAGGAUGCGGUGGGUCCCGGGCGCACAAGGUAGGCUAUGAGCAGGGGUUGGGACCGUGCCAUUAGAAGCAAUCUGGGAAGGUGCCAUGCCUCUCCAGGGCUAUACAAGACCAUACCGCCUCGUCUCCAAGCUGGGCAUUUGAGCAUGGCGCACACUGACCCAGGUGACCCCAGCCCUUCGACCUGCUGUGUGUCCUGUGAGGGAUACCAAGAUGGAGGUGUGCCCCCUGCCCUUGGUGAAGCAGCCCUGCGCGUGAUGACACGUCAGAAUAAAGGCAGCGGAGCUUGGCAUGGUGGUACACAACUGUAGUCCCAGAAGGGCUUAUAAGAGGCAAGAAGAUCACAGGUUCAAAGCCAGCCUACAAAAUCCAAAAUAUUUUAAAUAAAGAUUGCCAGAAGCCAAGCACCGGUUGCUUAUGCUUGUAAUCCUAGCUACUCAGGAAGCCCAGAU